CCCCCGGGGGGAAUCAUGCGUGCCCGGGCCGUCCCCCGGCGCCCGGCCGGCGCCUCCGCGGCGGCGCUCGGGCUCGGCAGCCUCCUGCUGCUCCUCGGGCCCGGGCGCGCGUGCCCCGCGGGCUGCGCCUGCACCGACCCGCACACCGUGGACUGCCGCGACCGCGGGCUGCCCAGCGUGCCCGACCCCUUCCCCCUGGACGUGCGCAAGCUGCUGGUGGCCGGCAACCGCAUCCAGCGCAUCCCCGAGGACUUCUUCAUCUUCCACGGGGACCUGGUGUACCUGGACUUCAGGAACAACUCGCUGCGCUCGCUGGACGAGGGCACGUUCAGCGGCUCGGCCAAGCUCGCCUUCCUCGACCUCAGUUACAACAAUCUCACCCAGCUGGGGGCCGGCGCCUUCCGCUCGGCCGGGAGGCUCGUCAAACUGAGCCUGGCCAACAACCGCCUGGCCGGCGUCCACGAGGAUGCCUUCGAGAGCCUGCGGUCCCUGCAGGUGCUCGAACUCAACGACAACAACCUGCGCAGCCUCAGCGUGGCCGCCCUGGACGCCCUGCCCGCGCUGCGCACCCUGCGCCUGGACGGCAACCCCUGGCUGUGCGACUGCGACUUCGCCCAUCUCUUCUCCUGGAUCCAGGAGAACGCAUCCAAAUUGCCCAAAGGUCUGGAGGCCAUCCAGUGCUCACUGCCCGUGGAGAACCGAAGGGUGGCCCUGCAGGAGCUGUCGGAGGCCAGCUUCAGCGAGUGCAAGUUCAGCCUGUCGCUCACAGACCUGUUCAUCAUCAUCUUCUCGGGCGUGGCCGUGUCCAUUGCGGCCAUCAUCUCCAGCUUCUUCCUGGCCACCGUGGUGCAGUGCUUCCAGAGGUGCGCCCCCAACAAGGACGCGGAGGAUGACGAUGAUGAUGAGGACGACUGAGCCACCUCGCCCCUCUCCUUGCUCCCCCACACCCACCCAGUGGCCCCUCUCCAAGAGCGAGGGAGAUGCCGAAGGCAGGAGCAUUGCUCGGGCAGCCGGCGAAGCAGACGGAGCUUGUCUAGACGCACCUGCUGGGACCUCAGAUCCCAGAGUAGAGAAUCAGCAGAGCAGAGAGCCAGGAAGGACGGAGGGAACCUUCUGAGCGGAGCCCACCUCCCAGGUUGAAGCCUGUGUGUGUGAGACGAUGGCCGAGUCAGGCUUCAGGGCUGACAGCUUUAAAAACCCUCCCAAGGAGAUGUGAGGACUUGCAGCUUCUGACCUCAGAAAUAUUUGUGCCGUUCUAAUUCUGGCUUGUACUGGGGAUCAGGAACCCUCUCCUGCCUCCCGAGAGACAGUUCUCACAGGACAGAUUCAAAUUCAGAUCAGUCUCUAUGGGAGCAGGCAAACCCCAGCAGCCUUGGGAUAGUAGACUGAGAACAGAUAAACUUAAGUGCAAUAGACAAUGUGUGUGUCUCCCCUAAGAUUCAUGUUAAAACCUAUCUCCAAGCCAGGCGUGGUGGCGCAUGCCUUUAAUCCCAGCAGUUGUGAGGCAGAGGUAGGAGGAUCGCCAUGAGUUCAAGGCCAUCCUGAGACUACAUAGUGAAUUCCAG